AUGAUGCUUGUGUUGUUUCAGAACAUCCUGGACAAAUUCAAUCCAGGUGCUCGACAGAUGAUAACGGCCGGAAAGGCCUACUUAAAGGCUUUACAUGGAGCGGCGGCGGCUUCCCGGCUCUACGUCGAUGCUGUAGGCAAACUCGGCAGACAAGCGCAGCAAGGCACGUGGGGAGGAUGCGCCGAUAUAGGGACCGCUCUAAUGAAAGUUGUGGAGGUAUACCGAGAGAUUCAAGAUCAACAAAUGAACAUCUUAAAGGCGUUUUAUGUCGAUCUCCUGGUCCCCUUGGAAACUAAUCUGGAGAAGGAUACAAAAGUAGUACAGUCGGAACAAAAAAGAUUCCUGCAACAACACAAACUGCGAUCAGAGAGCUACAGCAAAGCUGCUGCGACAAUAAAGAAACAACGCAAAAAGAAACCGAAUGUUACCAAAGUUGGAUCAGCUAUGGAUAAAGAGAUGAAGAAUAUGCAAAUACUGGAGGAAGAAAAAACUAAAUUGGAUGCGUUUUGUGAACAAAGCUUAAAGAAUGCGAUGACUCAAGAGCGCCGUCGUUAUGGCUUUGUCCUUGAACGACAAUGUUCACUUGCAAAACACUGGCUAGCUUACCAUGCCGCUGGAGCCGCUUCAUACAACGCAGGACUAGACGAAUGGCUUGAAGUGUCCCGAACAAGGGAGUACCUGCCGCCCAAUGUUGAAGCUAUGUUCGUUAGCAGGAUGAGGCAAGUAACAUUCUGGCCUGACGAAGACGUAUACGCUAGUCCACGCGUUGGUGAUGACGAUGAUCGCGCAUCGGUUGGUUCAGCCUUGCGUAAAACCCGAUCAGUAGAUGCAUCAUGUCUUGACGUAAGAUCUAUUGGAGACUUGGGAUCACCAGCUCAGGGACUUUCGAGAGCCAAAUCUGAUUUUAAUCUGCAGGCCAGCUCAAACAACGAAGACCAAGUGACAGACUCACGUACAGCUACUCGACCAUCAUCAUUAGCUCCACCGACUUGUACGUCUCGAGACCCGCCACUGGCCCGCGCACUAUAUGCCUAUGCGGCUGCUGGAGACAACCAACUGAGCUUCCAACAAGGGGACAUACUUGCACUCCUUGGAGAGAGGACUAAGGGAUGGCAGUAUGGAGAGAAUUUGCGCACUCACCACGCUGGAUGGUUCCCUCUCGCUUAUACUGAGCCUGUCGCAAAUGAUGAAGCUGGUACCUCGCCAGCUCGUUGGAGUUGUGUGCAAACUCCGAGUGAAGCACCACCACCAGCGCCCAUAGCGCAUGCGCAAACCACACCGUCGCCUUCAGUUCACACUCACUCGCAUCCACCUCCUCGCAUGUUUGGCGAUACUGUCACCGCACAUCAUGUUACUAAGGGUCGCCUCGGAUCGGGCUCUCCAGGCUUACCACCAACUUUGCCAGCUCCAUCACCCAGCGCCCUUAGCUCUUCAGCGAGUGCCACAUUCCAUACUUCUAAUACAAAUGCAACGGCUAGUAGCGCAAUUAAGAACUCUACAUCUUCAGCGAGUUUCACUACUCACGCUGUUAUUGAAACCAGAAGCUUUGGACCUCAAACUCUGCCUAUGCGUGGACAGGUAGCUCAGAAUAAAGCUGGACCAGCCAAAACUGCAGUGUCCGCUGUUGGUGCAGUAGGAAAUGUUUCACUGCACAGCUCAAAUGAUUCAGGAUUCUCCAAUGAACCUCCACCACAACCUGAUGUCGAUUACAGUGACGAGGAAGCCCAAAGACUACGUGUACCAAUUAGUAAAUCUGGUCUACAUGCCAACGACAAUAAGGCUUACUUACUUAAAACUCAAAGUUUGAAACGCGGUCCCAAACCACACAAUACUGCUAAUGGAUACCUAACUGACGAUCAGCAGUUAAUGCUACGUAGCAUGCUUGAUAUGGAUAAAGACUCUCAAAAAGUUAAAAGAACAAAAUCUUUUUGGAAAUUCGGACGCACUACUGCAGAAGAAAUCAUGGAAGGUAUGUCCCUCUGGCAACAUCGUGAUAUAGUGGAUACUGUACCCGAGUACAAAAAAAGACUCUUUGAAAAGAUGAAAAAAGAAUUGAGACCAGCUCCUGAAAUUCCCGAAGUGCGGCAGCUAGUCACGCCGGAUAAAAUGAUUGCUUCUGAAAACGGCUUACCUUCUCGUCCAAAGGAAACAAUUGAUAGAAAAGAAAUAAAAGUUAACGGUAUACGCCAAGCUAAGAGUUUGGGAUCCAUCCAAAAUGAGGAAAGAAAUGAAAAAAGUCGCAAAGCAAUAGAGAACUCACAACACACUCAAGUAAUUAACAAGAAAAGUAUGUCUCAACAAUCAAUUAUCGAAGAGAAACAAGAAGACUUUUCGUCCCGAAACGAAUCCAGACAUUCUGAUUUAACAAACACAAGUACAAUAAAGACAAAUUUUGAAAACAGCUUUUAUAAUGAUGAAAAUGGGGACGGAUUUGUGAUGAAAACUGUAAAGCGGAGAGAGAUAUUACAGAAGUAUGAUAAUGAUAGUAGCUCUGAUGUCAAUUCUGUGGCUUCAAGUACUGAUCCGUACGACUGUAUAAUAGUAGAUGAUCACAUGGCAUCAAGGAAACAACAAGAAUCAGACAGGCGUCGCCAACCUCAAAUGAUAGACGAAGAAGUUAAAAAACGUAAAGAAAACGCUUAUAUGCCAGAGUUUGAGGAAAUUGAAGUAACUCCUAUCAAACCACAUGUCCGUGCUACACUGUCUUCGGAAAAGACAAAAUCUUCAUCCCAUGAACGUAGUCCGCCAAAAACAAUGGAAUUUAAAACGUUCAAAGAUAACUCAAAAGAAAUCAAAACAUUUACAGCGUCUUCUGAAACACUAAAAUACAAAGAUAAUGAACCGCAUACUGAUCGGUAUGGUAUCCCUAUUGAGCGAAACAAUAAUGAAACGCGCAAUGAAGAAAUAUAUAAUGGACAUGACGAAGGAACUUUAAAAUACAAAAAACGACCUAGCAAUGAAGAGAAAAACCAUCUACCACAAAACAACUUUGAAAAUGGAAAAAAUCAUAAAAAAGAAUACCCGCAAGCGGAAGUAAGAAAUUCAAAGAAAGAUGGUAGAUCCUUUGAACAGAAUCGUGAACCAAGAAUUGAUUACUCACUAGACAGACGGCAGAUGAGAAAAGAAUUCACUGAUACAAAGACCAAGGAUACAAGACGAAGCAGGGCUAAUAGAAGUUAUGAUGAUAGCUCAUUACCGCACAAUGGGCGUAGAGAAGAAAGAUAUUAUGAGUCUAAUAUAUCGUACUUCAGCGAUCAGGAAAGACGAACAUCUCGAUAUGACUACGAAACUGAUUCAAAGAAGGCAGAGAAGUCUAAAAUUCGACAAGAAGAGGCUAGGCUCGAGGCCAGACGUUUUAUUGAUCGUCGAAGUGAAGGACCUUACAGUGAAUCUGAUGAUCAAAAAGGCCUGCAGACGGAAACGACUUGCCAGAAGAAGGCCAUACAUUCGGUCCGUGGUAUGACCUAUGGGGGCGGGAAACAGCAGUCUACAAAUAAUAGAAAUAAGGCCUCAACAAUUUGCAACAGUGAAGUUAAGGAAAGCACUAACCAACGAUCGUUCAUCGCCGGCCAUUGA